GCCAGCAUCCGAGCCUCCCCGCAGGAGACUUACGGAAGGCUGGCGGCGUGGUUGGGGGCGACGAAGCCUUUUCCGGCAGACACAGUCUUCAAGCGCUACAAUUUCCGACUGGGCAAUCGCACCGACCUCUGCCUCAACUCCACGCUCCAACGGGUUCUGAAAUCGAUGCUGGCUCCGGAGUACGCCGCACUUCACCUUGCCGUCCAGUGGCAAGAGCAGACAUUCUCGCAGCCCCUGGCAAAGAAGGAGCUCGCUGACAAAGUCUCCCGCUGUGACAUGGCAGAG